AUGGCGGAUCAAAUCAAAGGUUUCGCUUCACGAUUGUUGGGCGGAUCGGCGUCAUCAAGUCUUGGUUUAACGGAAUCUGAUCCCCUUGUCGGAGCAGCAGUCAAAGUGGCCGAUGUACAGUAUGCGAUUCGACGGAAAAUUGGAUCAGGUGGAUUCGCUGAUGUGUAUGCGGCCGAGAAUUCAAACCACGAGUGGGUGGCGCUAAAGUUGAUUCGCGCACACGACGCCGAGAGUGAAAAGGCAGCAUUGCAAGAGCUACAGAUAUGCAAAUUGCUCACCGGGCACCCGUCAGUGAUGAGAUUUGUGGCAGCAGCGAAAAAGCCAAACGAUCGCGGAUUCGAAUUCACACUUGUCACCGAACUUUGCUCUGGUGGAUCCGUUGUCGAUCUCCUUCAGAGCACAAAUCUCAGCCACGAACAAAUCAUCCGAAUCGUCUACUCGGCUGUGAAAGGAGUCGCUCACAUGCAUGCGCAAAAUCCACCAAUCACGAAUCGAGACAUUAAGCUUGAAAAUCUUCUAAUUGAUGCGCAAGGCCGUGUGAAGAUGUGCGAUUUCGGGAGUGCAACGAGAGAGCAACACCAACCGAGCCACGAAUGGACAUCUUCACAGAGGAGUGCGAUUGAAGAAAGUUACGCCAAGCACACCACUCCAAUGUACAGAGCACCGGAGAUUCUCGAGACCUAUCAAGAUCAUCCAAUCGGACCGGCACUCGAUAUUUGGGCUCUUGGCUGUGUUUUCUACUAUCUCGCUUACCGGAUUCACCCCUUUGAGGACUCGUCGAAGCUCAGGAUCUGCAACGGAAAGAUGCUUGCUCCCAAAGAUCAAUCCCUUCACGUCAACGACAUCUUUCGAGACGUCAUUUUGACUUGCUUGAAGUUGGAUCCAAAUAAUCGUCCCUCUGCCAACGAACUGGUGUCGAUGAUCGAGGCACUCGCAGCAGCUUACGGAAUCGACCCUGAUGGACCGAUCAAGGGAGUUGACACGAAGAAUUUGAUGGGAGGACCCGCAUCUGUGGCCGUUCAAUCGAUUGUUUCAUCACACGCACAACCAACAAAGCCUCCACCACCACAAUCAUCUCAAUCGGCUCCUCAAAAGGCAACACAAGCUCCCCCUCGUCCACCACCAGCUGCGUCUGCCAGUAAGGCACCUGAGGAAACAGCGGCUGCGAUGUUUGGAGCGUUGAAGGGUGGCGGACUUUCAUUGCUGAAGAACUUCAAGGAAAAGACAGCGGCUGUCGUGUCGACUGUUCAGAGCACUUACGGAAGCAAGGGUCCCACGAUCACCCAAAUUACUUCACGGCUUUUGUUGGCGCCGAUUUUAGAGGGAGUGCCCGAUGUUUUAGCUCAUCAGGCGGAAGAAGCCUUGAAGUCACAUCUUGCAAUGGCUAGACGGCCUUACUUGGUGAUCAAUUUGAGUACCAGGGAUCUCCGUUGUGAGUACUCUCUACGCCCACAUUCCGAACCGAUGAACUCUCCGUGUACUUCUGUGCCUCCAUCGUUGGAUGCGGCUAUUCGCGUGGCAAAGACUGCUGGCCGCUACUUGUCGCACGAUAAAAAUGGGAUGAUUGUUUUGUAUGGAGUUGAAGAAAACUGCAUUUUGAUGGCUGCUGCGCUCUUGCUUUACUUCAAACUCUGCAUUCGACCGUAUCAAUGCUUUGAGAUCAUCAACAAGAGCCGUGCUGAUCAGGUGAUGCCCGAAUUGCCCCCAUCUUACCACAACUUGCUCGACGCUGUCGUAAUGCUUGCCUAUCGAGAGAUUAAAGACAUUGCAUCGAAAAUCCACAACAAGACGAUUGAAUUGACGUCUCUGUCGAUUGCUCCAAUUCCGGCAAUCAAUCGAUCGGGUACCGGAUGUCGUCCACUUGUUGAAGUCUUUGUCGGUGACACGAAAGUCUUUGCCACUGCGCAGAGAUACGAUGAAACAACAGAAUUCCAAAAAGAGCUGGGUUAUGCGAGGCUCGAGUUGGGAAACACGGCGAUCAACGAUGAAGUGACGGUGAUUGUCAGCCAUGCUAGGCACUCUUCAUUGCAUGGAAGCAUGAGCUUGGUGCCCAUCUUCACUUUCAAUUUCAAUCCCCGUUUCUUGAACGGCCAAACAACUAGCCUAGUUUUCCCCAAACAUCAGCUAGAUGUUGACAAAGAUGCGGAUCAGAAAAUGGACAGUGGAUUCAAGGCUUCUCUGAACAUUCAAUACGGUAACGGUUCGCUUGGAGGUCUACCCGAUUCUUUCCGCUAUGAUGAAGAGAAUUGCUCUCGAUCGGCGAAUAUGUUUAGCGAUAGUCACGAAUAUGGAGAAGCUCUUCGUCUCCUUGAUGCCGCCUCGCCAACCGAGCUCCCCGAUUUCCCUUCAUUGCCCGGUCAUACCUCUUUCAAAAACAAAGCCACUCCAUCGAGACCACCAGCUCCAGCAUCAGCUCAAGCAAAAGAACAGAAACAACCCAAACAAGAUCAGCAUCCAGCUUUCUUUAGUUCGCUAUUUUCUGGCGCUCCAGCGCCGUCCGUUUCACCGACACCGAGAACGGAGCCAUUGUCAACGAUCACCACAAGACCACAGCAAAUGCCGAAGAAUGAGAAGUUUGAUGAGGCCGAGAUGUACGAGCGAAUGGCCGGGAUUCGAGUGGGAGCGGAAGUUGAACAGGAGGAUGAGACGCCGAUCUUUGACAACCGAUCCACCAACAUUCCAUCAACCCAACCAGAUGUUUUUGAUCUUUUGGGAAGUGAAGACAAUUUCCCUACUGCUUCUAAGUCUUCAAGCCAAACUAUCUCAUCGAGUGCACCGUUUGAUCCAUUUGCGGAGCUUCUUACAGAUCAAAAGCAAUCGACACCGACUCAUAGCAGCUCCGCUCGAUCACCGGCGCCUCAAUCGGAUCUGCUAAAUUGGGACACACCAUUGGCUCCAUCAUCAACAACUGGAAUGCAUCGUAAUGCAUCGGCUCCCGUCUUUCAACAACAGCAACAGCCAGCCGCCGCUUCUUUUGAUCCAUUUGCCGAUUUCUUAGCCACAACGAGUGAUCCUGCUAGCAAACCAGCUUCUGGUGCCAACUCUGGAAGAAGUACUCCCGCACAAGCUCGCCCAAACUACAAUCGUUCUUUGUUUGAGAAUAUGAGUGGUCAAUCGAAGAAACCUGGCGUGAAUGCUUUUGAAGAUCUUCUGUCCGCCCACAAUUUCACCUCGUCCAAUGCGAACAGAAAUCGGACAAUGGCGGACAUGAGACGAGAAGAAGACGUCAGAGGAAUGGAUCCGGUCUCAAUUAAGAUUCGAGAUUGGACAUCGGGAAAAGAGCGAAACAUUCGUGCUCUACUCGGUAGUCUCAAUGAAGUGCUUUGGGAUGGUGCCGCUAAAUGGGAACAAACAUCAAUGGCUUCACUAUUGACAGCAAAUGAGGUGAAAAAGAGUUAUCGCAAAGCUUGCCUCGUCGUGCAUCCGGACAAACAGACUGGACAACCCCAUGAAGAGCUUGCCCGGGCCAUCUUCACCGAAUUAAACGACGCUUGGAGUGCAUUCGAGGCAGCCGGACAACCAUCGCUC